AUGAAAAUGUCUGUAAUUCUCAUAAUUUCUGUAUUAUUAGUGACAUUUCAUCCAACUGCUGCCAAAAUUUUGAUCAUUCCGGAUCCUAAACUAACAUCCUGUAGUGACUGGAACGCUGUCAAGGGCCUUGAAAUCAACUUAAUUGACAAUAACCUCGAAAUCAUCCGCGUCAACGAAACUAAUUCAUAUUACCAAGGAUCAAUAAAGUUUUUAAAGGACUUAAGUCGAGUACCUGGCAGAUUACUAUACGAAAAGUACAAUAAUGGUGAAUGGACGAUGCAAGGAUUUGAUGGAAAAUAUGGAAACUUUUGUGAUUCUUAUCAUGACCGAACACAGCCAUUUUACUUUACUAUGGAUCACUUUCCAAAAUGUCCAAUUGAAGCUGGGACUGAAUGGACAUUCAAUAUGGUUCCAUUCACUUUGAUGGGCUUAAAUAUCGAUCCACUUCCUCUACAUUAUAUUGGACGCUGGCGUAUGAUUACUGUUUUUGACCAUAAAGUUAAUGGAUUUACCAAAUUUGAUUGCAAAAGAAUUUACUUUGAAAUUGUUGAAACUGAGAAGCCAAAGAAGCCUGCUGGACUUUCUGGAACUAAAUCUCAACGUGGUGGAUGAAAUGUUAUUCAAAUUAAUUAUGGUUGGCAUGAUAAGCAAUAAGGAUGAUCUAUGAACUAUCAGAUUUCGGUUAAUAACCCUGAACCUUGGUUCUUGGUUCUUGGUUCUUAGUUCUUGGUUCUUGGUUUUUGGUUCUUGGUUCUUGGUUCAGGUUCAGGUUCUUGGUUAUUGGUUCUUGGUUCUUGGUUUUUGGUUCUUGGUUCUUG